ACCAUGUUGUAGGAAAUCCACCACUGCUCCACACUGUCAGAUUACGCUUUAAUCUGUGGAGGAGGAUACACUGUCAAAACCAACUCGGUGUCUUGGAACGACUUCACGUUUUUGUUUGUGCUACAUAAAGGUUGUCAUUUUCCUUCGGGGACCGGUUAAUACCUCGAAGAUGAAUCGCCAGUCUUCAUGUGCCGUCUUUUCCUGCUUGCCAAUUUGCCACUACAUUAAAAUGUUAGCUGGCUAACUAGCGAAAAAUAGAGUAACCCAAUCGGAUUAUCUUGUAACGGCACCCAUCGCUCAAGGUAAUAUCCAGGUAUUUUUGCUAUUUUUGACAGCGAUUACAAAGCAAAGGAGCUCCCUCUUUGUGCUAUACGCUUCUAUUUCUGCAAAAAUUAGACAUCGUAGUUUUUCCUCCAGCACUAAUGUUGAUGCAAGUAAGCUAACACACCAAAAAGAGCUGGAGCUCUUAGUCGAGCAUUUUGGGGUCUUUUUUCCCCCACUGUUUGAAAGAUCAAUAUUUAAACCGAAAGUCAAGACCGCAAAAUCGAUGUGCCACUCCGUAUCGGGCUAGCCGGGAGGACAACCGUACAGUAUUUCAACUGCGAAAUCCGAACGAAGGAAAGAUGUCAGGAAAGGAUAAAGAUAAACCAGAGAAACAGUCCACAACGGAGCGGCUCAUUAAAGCUGUGCCAUACCCCCCACAACAUAGACUGACCACAAAAGAGCUAUUUGAAGAUGGCAAGCCAAAUGCAGAGCUGUUACGAAACCACCUCGUCAAAGAAGGCAGAGUGGAGGAAGAUGUGGCGCUAAAGAUCAUCAACGAUGGAGCCAACAUCCUUCGGCAAGAGAAGUGCAUGCUGGAAGUGGAGGCACCUAUUACAGUUUGUGGUGAUGUCCAUGGCCAGUUCUUUGACCUCAUGAAGUUAUUUGAAGUUGGGGGAUCACCGACUAAUACAAGGUAUCUCUUCCUCGGAGACUACGUAGAUCGAGGAUACUUCAGCAUUGAGUGUGUUCUCUACCUCUGGUCCCUCAAGAUCAACCACCCCACGACACUCUUCCUCCUGCGAGGGAACCAUGAGUGUCGGCACCUCACAGAGUACUUCACCUUCAAGCAGGAAUGUAAAAUUAAGUACUCAGAAAGGGUCUAUGACGCCUGUAUGGAGGCCUUUGACUGCCUGCCCCUGGCCGCCCUGCUUAACCAACAGUUCUUGUGUGUACAUGGUGGACUCUCACCAGAAAUUAACUGCCUUGACGACAUAAGGAAAUUAGAUAGAUUUAAAGAGCCGCCAGCGUUUGGGCCGAUGUGCGACCUGAUUUGGGCUGACCCUGGUGAAGACUAUGGCAGUGAAAAGACAACUGAACACUUCAACCAUAAUUCUGUCAGAGGCUGCUCCUACUUUUUCAGUUACUCAGCCGUGUGUGACUUUUUGGUAAAUAAUAACUUGCUGUCAGUAAUAAGAGCCCAUGAAGCCCAAGAUGCAGGAUAUCGGAUGUACAGAAAAAGUCAGACUACGGGCUUCCCUUCGUUAAUUACAAUCUUUUCAGCUCCAAAUUAUCUUGAUGUGUACAACAACAAAGCUGCUGUAUUAAAAUAUGAGAACAACGUGAUGAAUAUUCGACAGUUCAACUGCUCACCCCACCCUUACUGGUUACCCAACUUUAUGGAUGUCUUCACAUGGUCUUUGCCAUUUGUUGGAGAAAAAGUGACAGAGAUGUUGGUGAAUGUGCUCAACAUUUGCUCUGAUGAUGAGCUCAUGUCAGAGGGAGAUGAUCUAUAUGAAGGUGGCACCACAGCGAUGCGUAAGGAGGUAAUCCGGAACAAGAUCCGUGCAGUCGGGAAAAUGGCCCGGGUCUUCUCAGUCCUCAGGGAGGAGAGUGAGAGUGUAUUAACUCUCAAGGGUCUCACCCCCACCGGAACUCUUCCCAUGGGAGUACUGUCCGGUGGAAAGCAGACAUUACAGACCGCUACUAUUGAGGCAGCUAAAGCAAAAGCCAUCCAAGGCUUCUCUCCUACGAGGAAGAUUCGUAAUUUCGAGGAGGCACGUGGCCUGGACAGGAUAAACGAAAGGAUGCCACCUCGCAAAGACGGCCAGCAGCCGGACGGCACCGCCGUCAAUACCAGUGCAGCCAACAAGAACGGCACUAACGGAUAGGCCAUAGAAGCCGCGCCUAAAAGUCCCCCCACCCCGACGCUUCCCCGCCAUCCCGCUCCACCUCGCUUUGCUGUCCCGUCCAUCCCUUUGUCAGUCUCCUCCCCCGAAAGCGCCUGUCCAUCUUCUGUGUGCAUGCUGAAAGGAAGUAGAUACGGUAGGUGGUGAAAAACAAAAGGAGACCAUUCUGCUAGCAAAAGCUCUUUGGGGAAAAAGAGAAAAAAACAAUCUUUGGGGGAUAUUAUUUAUUAAAGGGAUAUUCUAGAUGUCUCAUAGCGCCUGGCGAUGGAAUGGAGACAUUUUGCAGUUGUUGACAUUUUUGCUGUACACUGAAGUCCAUGCUUAUUCAUGUCGCAGUUAUACAGGAUAGAUCAAUAUGAUAAAUUGAAUUUGGUAAGAUGAAGGUUUAGCCUUAUUCAGUUGGUUUUUUUCCCCGUGUUUGUUUGCUGUUAACGUGUGUGUCAAUGGAUACGUUGAAGCAUGAAUUCUGUAGCCCCAGCAUCCCCAUUUUGAAGUCAAGAUAUGAAGUGGGGUACACUGCUUCUAGUGGUUGGGGGGGGGGGGGUAUUUUAUACUUUGAGCAGAAAUGUGAUGUCUUACGAAAUGUUCACAAAACUUUGGUGAAGCCCAAAGAUAUGGAAAAGUAUUUUGUUCUCUCUCAGUGACAGUGUCCUGUAUUAUCAUUAGUGAAUGAAACAGAUUGAAAAUGAAGAUAGAAUGCUUUUUGUGCCGUAGGCCUAAUAGGUGUUAGUUGACAUGAUGGCAGCUAGGACAUUUGCUCCCACCGAAACCAAAUUAGGGGACGUACAGAACAGCACGACACAAGGCGCCUCGUUCCGGCACCACAGUCCUCCCCCAUUCUGGAUGGAAGCACAUUCAGGAACUGUAUCAAGACAAACCAGUUCAACCAUCCAUCCAUCCAUCCAUUUUCUAAUCCACUUUUCCUCACGAGGAUCGCGGGUCCGUUUAAACAAAAGAGGACAUUUUUGCCCAAGAAGCAGAGGAGCCGUUGGGCACACUCACUGACUCUGGACUUUUAUUAAGGAGUGAAAUAUUUCUGUAUUUCAAGGAAAUACAGCAGCCGAAACUGCUGCUUUAUUGUCAAACCCAUUUUUAGGUCUUUCUGUUGCUUUACGCACGCUGUACAUGUGUCUCCAUCUACUGUUAAUUUUACAGUAUGCAGACGAGUGUGUUUGUGUGUGUGUGUGUGUGUGUGUGUGUG